GAAACAUACCAAGUGCACCUAAGAUGACAAACAUUUCGUUAACGAUUAAAGCUGCCAAUGAUCAAAAAUACACUGUAUCUGUUGACAGUGAAGCGAGCGUUAUAAAUUUGAAGCAGACUAUUGCGCCUGUAGCUAAUGUGGAGGUUGAACGCCAAAGGCUAAUUUACGCUGGACGUGUUUUGAAAGAUGAAGAGCCUUUGAAAACUUAUAAAAUUCAAGAUGGCCAGAGUGUCCACUUGGUCCGUUCUUUAGGGCAAAAUCCUACGGCAGCUGCCAGUAAUGUUCAGGAUCGUACACAACAAGUACCUACAAAUAUUCAGGCUGGACAAGGUGCAAAUGACCCACUAGCCAACCUCACAAGUGCUCGUUUUGCUGGAUACAAUAUACCCCUCCCUUCUGCCUCAAUGUUUGGUCCUAAUCCUGAGAAUCCUGUCCCUCCAUCUACCGAAGAUCUUGCUAACAUGUUGUCGAAUCCAAUGGUUCAGUCAUCCAUUAAUGAAAUGUUUUCUAACCCUCAAAUGCUGGACAUGAUUAUCAACAGCAGCCCACAUCUUCGUAAUGCUCCUCCCUAUGUUCGUCAAAUGAUGCAGUCGCCCGAGUUCCGACGUGCCAUGACAGAUCCAGAUACGAUGCGUCAGAUGGCUCAAAUGCAACAACAGCUUGGUGCUGCUGGUAUAGACCCAACAAGUUUGAUGGGUGAUUCUGGUCUUGGUGGUUUAGGCGGUAUGAAUCCUGGUCUUGGUGGUUUAGGUGGCAUGAAUCCUGGCGGCGCUGGUUUGGGAGCUGACAAUGCAUCUGUUGAUCCAAACUCAGCUGCAAGUACAAUCCAAGGUUUGCUAAACAACCUUUCUGGAAACGGUCUCGGUGGUGCUGUUAGCCCUGCUGCUACUGCUGCCCCAUCUCAAAGCACCCAACCUCCUGAAGAGCUUUAUGCUCAACAAUUGAGUCAACUCAACGAAAUGGGAUUUGUGGACUUUGAAAGCAAUGUUCGCGCCCUUCGUCGAAGCGGUGGUAAUGUCCAAGGUGCAAUCGAAUCCUUAUUAAGUGAAUUUUAAUGUAUUGCUCCAACAAAUGUUAGAAACGUUAUUAGAAAAAUGAUGUGAAUGUCGUUCAUGAUUCGUUUAUAUUACUGGUUUUGUUUUCGUCCUACGUACGAGUUUAUGUAAAAGUAUUCGUUAAAUGCACGAAUUUUGGUUUUGUUGCCGUCUGCUCCGCGUAGAAUCCUACGUAUGAUGCUCUAUUAACUAAAACCUCUAUUUUUGUAUGUAUAUAUUAUAGCUCAGUAUGUGAAGUUUGAGGAACUGACCUUUUUUCCAUGACCAUGGAAUCAAAAUUUAUGAAAUUUUCUAUUAUCGAAGUUGUACAGUCUGUAGAUAAAAAAAAAAAAGAAUCAAUUAC